GUCCACCGUAUAUGCUUUGCUCUUUCAUUUUUCCACAUCAUAUUGGCACUAUCGGUUAUUGGGGUUCAUGAUACCCGUAGUAAAAGGGCUGCAAUACAAAACGGGUGGUGGGGCCCCAAAAUUUUGUUAUGGAUACUUCUCGUUGUUAUUUCCUUUUUCAUCCCGAACCAAUUUUUCAUGUUUUGGGGGAAUUAUAUUGCCUUGAUUGGAGCAACAAUAUUUAUUCUGAUCGGCUUGGUGCUCUUAGUUGAUUUUGCUCAUAAUUGGAGCGAAACCUGCAUUGAAAAAUGGCAAGAGUCGGACAACAACAAAUGGAAAUAUAUUCUUGUUGGAUCCACUAUGGCUAUGUAUAUUGGUGCGGUAACACUCACUGGAAUUAUGUAUGGAUUUUUUGCAGGAACCGGAUGUCAUCUUAAUCAAUUCUUUAUAACGUUCAACCUGGUCUUGGCCGCUAUCGGAACUGUUGCGUGUGUCCAUCCACUUGUGCAAGAGGAAAAUCCUCGUUCAGGACUGUCUCAAGCUUCGAUGGUGAUUAUUUACUGUACCUAUCUUAUUUUGAGUGCGGUAGUAAAUGAACCGUCUGGAAUCGAAAACGAAUGCAACCCGUUGAAGAAAAGUUCUGGUACAAGGACAACUACGAUUGUCAUAGGAGCAUUGUUCACAUUUUUGGCGAUCGCAUACUCAACAUCGAGAGCUGCUUCUCAAGGCAAGGCAUUAAUAACUAAGUCGGAUUAUCAUCCUGUUAACACUGCCACUGCGAUACCUUUGACGACUAACUCGCUUAACGGACUCACUUCCAACAAGCGCUCCGAUGCGCUGUUGGCUGCUGUUGAAAGCGGGUACGACUUAACGCCAUUUCAAUUCUGUACUUAA